AUGCAAUACAGGAGCUACAAGCAUUUUGGAGGGUUUGAGGUUAGUGACCUUCAGUUCGUGGAGCUGGUCGUCAACAUAUCUUUUCCUAAGGUGCCCCUGAAACAAUUCAAUGACCCUUCCGGUUGUGCACCGUCUCCAGGUGCUUAUGAUGUUAAAACGUCAGAAGUAUUGAAAGGACCAGUAUCCUUUCAGAAAUCACAAAGAUUUAAAAAACAAAAAGAAUCUCAACAAAAUCUUAAUGUUGACACAGAUACUACCCUGCUUGCUUCAGCAAGAAAAGUAAAGACUUUGGGAUUAAAGAAGGAAUCUCAAAAGAAUGAUAAAGAUUUGAAGAUAUUAGAAAAAGAGAUUCGUGUUCUUCUGCAGGAACGUGGUGCUCAGGACAAGCGAAUCCAGGAUCUGGAAGCUGAACUAGAGAAAAUGGAGGCCAAGCUAAAUGCUACAGUCAGGGAGAAAACAUCUCUCUCUGCAAGUAAUGCUUCACUAGAAAAACAGCUUAUUGAGUUAACCUGGACUAAUGAGCUACUAAAAUCAAAGUUUUCUGAAGAUAGUAACCAGAAGACUAUGAGAAUUCUGAGCCUUGAGUUAAUGAAACUUAGAAACAAAAGAGAAACAAAGAUGAGGAGUAUGAUGGCUAAACAGGAAGGCAUGGAGGUGAAGCUGCACGUCACUCAGAAGAAUCUUGAGGAGUCUCAGGGGGAAAUAGCACAACUUGAGGGGAAACUUGUUUUGAUAGAGAAGGAAAAGAUUGAUGAAAAAUCCGAAACAGAAAAACUCUUAGAAUACAUCAAAGAAAUUAGUUGUGCAUCAGAUCAAGUGGAAAAAUACAAGCUAGAUACUGCCCAGUUAGAAGAAAAUGUGUAAGAAAAGAACCAUGAAGUUGUAAGCCUUAAGCAGUCUCUUGAGGAAAAUGUUGUUUUACUUUCUAAACAAGUAGAAGACCUGAAUGCUAAGUGUCAGCUGCUCGAAAAAGAAAAAGUAGACCUUGUCAACAGGGAUAGAGUACGGGAUGAAACUCUAAAUUCUGAAAUGCAAAACUUAAAGGAGAAACUUACUCUUGAAAAACAGGAACAUGAAAAACUACAACAAAAAGAAUUACAGACUGAUUCACUUCUGCAACAAGAGAAGGAAUUGUCCUCCAGUCUUCAACAGAAGCUAUGUUCUUUUCAAGAGGAAAUGAUGAAAGAGAGGACUCUCUUUGAGGAAGAAUUAAAGCAAGUACUGGAUGAGCUAGAUAAAUUACAGCAAAAGGAGGAACAAGCUGAAAGGCUAGUUAGGCAGUUGGAAGAGGAAACAAAAUCUCGAGCUGAAGAACUAAAACUCCUAGAAGAGAAGCUGAAAGGGAAAGAAGCUGAACUGGAAAAAACUAAUGCUGCUCACAAUCAGGCCACCCUGCUUUUACAGGAGAAGUAUGAUAGUACAGUACAAAACCUUGGAGAUGUUACUGCUCAAUUUGAAAGUUAUAAAGCAUUAACAGCUAGUGAGAUAGAAGAUCUUAAGCUGGAGAACUCAUCACUUCAGGAAAAAGUGGCCAAGGCCGAGAAAAAUGCAGAGGACAUUCAUUAUCAGAUAUUGGCAGUUGAGACCUCAAAUCAAGAAUACACAAAGAUGCUUCUAGAUCUGCAGACCAAGUCAGCACUUAAAGAAGCAGAAAUUAAAGAAAUCACAGUCUCUUCUCUUAAAACAAUAACUGACUUGCAGAACCAGCUCAAGGAACAAAGUGAAGAGUUCAAGAAACAACUGGAAGAGGAAGAAGCAAGAAAAGCUGGAAAAGAAAACACAGUGGUAGAGUUAACUGAGGAAAUGAAUAAGUGGCGUCUCCUUUAUGAAGAACUAUAUAAUAAAAUGAAACCUUUUCAGCUACAACUGGAUGCAUUUGAAACAGAGAAACAGGCUUUGUUGAAUGAACAUGGUGCAGCUCAGGAACAACUAAAUAAACUAAGAGAUGUGUAUGCUAAAUUACUGGGUCAUCAAAAUCUAAAGCAAAAAAUCAAGCAUGUUGUGAAACUGAAAGAUGAAAAUAGCCAACUCAAAUCGGUUUCUAAACUAACACUUAGUUCUAUUGAAGGUAUUAGGGUGGGGCAUUUGUUAUUCUAA